AUGUUCUCUGCGGGAAAAUGGGCCCUAAACCCGGAUCUACACCCGAGGAUCCAGGCGGCGCUGCAGAGAGUGUCCCUGAGUCCAGAGGAGGUCCUGGCUCUUCCUUCGCUCCUCGUACAAAAAGCCACAGGUUUGAGUAGAGACGACGAACAGAAACUGAGACUGAAGACACAGUCCCGGACCACGGUAACACAAGCCUCCCGCCUCACCCCCUCCCCCUCUGUGAGCUGGGGCUGUCCCUUCCUGGACCAGAGACUGGGAGGAGGGCUGCCUGUAGGGGGCAUCACUGAGUUGUUUGGACACAGUGCAGCAGGAAAGACUCAACUAGCCCUACAGCUGUGUCUGAGUGUGCAGUAUCCACCGCAGUAUGGAGGACUGGCCUCAGGAGCGGUCUUCAUUUGUACUGAAGACCCAUUUCCUUCCAAACGGCUGCAGCAGCUGAUCUCAGAACAGUCGAGUCUUCGGCCUCAGGUUCCUCUGAGUCUGACGCAGCAGAACUUCAGUGACCGAGUCUACGUGGAGCACACUGCUGACCUGCCCUCUCUGAUUGGCUGUCUGUCUCGCCGUGUCCCUGUCCUCGUCUCUCGUGGACUUGUGCGCCUUCUUGUGGUGGACUCCAUUGCUGCUCUUUUUCGCACCGAAUUCGAGGCGUCUGAUUGGCUGAACAGACACCAUCAGCUAUUGGCUGUUUCCUCUGAGCUGCAGCGAAUCAGCCGCCAGCUUCAUACCGCAGUGCUCUGCAUCAACCAGGCCGUGGAUCUCAUGGAGCAGGACCACAGUUUAAGCUCCUCGCCUUCCUCCUUUGGCCCCGCCCUUGGUCUGGCCUGGUCCAAUCAGGUUACAAUGAGGCUGAUGAUGCGUCGGGAGGCGGGACUUCUGAGGCGCGGUGACCAGAGCUCCGCCCACCGCAGUCUGCAGGUGGUGUACGCCCCCCACCUGCCUGCCGGCCAAUCACAGGGCAGUGUGAUAGUGGGAGUGUGGAGGGAGGGGCUGAGGGGGGAGGGGCAUCUGGAGAAUAUUCAUCUUUAG